UACUUGAUAGAAGAAAAAACAGAAUUACUCGAAGAAUAUUACCAGAGCCACAUAGCAUUUCCGUAUCCUGAUCAAGAAACGAGAGAUAUCCUGGCCAGUCAGCUUGGGAUCACUCAUUUACAAGUGACAAAAUGGUUUUCUAACAGGAGGAACAAGGACAAA